AUGGCCACCAUGACCUCUUCUGCCGCUGCUCCCACUGGGAGCACCCUCUGCGGCACUCCAGUCAUGUACGAAAUCCCCACCUUAGAUGCGGCCUGCGCUGUCCCCAACAAUACCCAAACCAUAGCUUCCAUGAGGGACUGCUGCAAACACACAAAUGUCACUUCCUACGACGGUGGCUGUGCUCUCGUCUGUCUUGCAGUCGGCCAAUCUGUAGGAGAGCUCACAAAAUGCUUGUAUUCCACUGGAGUGCCAUAUAACGACGUGUGGUGCAACAUGCUGCCGAACGCGACGGCUACGGGUGUAUCUCCUACGCAAACGAGCACGGGCACAGGCAUGGCUAGGCCCUCCUCGACGCAAACUCCAGGUACAGCCGCCUCCCUGUAUAUGCCGGGAUAUGCUCAGUCGGGACCGACGAAGUUGGGACUUGCGGUUUGCUUGGUUGUGAUUCCGGCCUUCAUUGGUGGGAUGAUGUUUUGA